CCUGUUGGUAGUCUGUUCAUACAUAAGCGGGGAGACCCACAGUGAAGCUCAAGAUGAUCACUUCCCAAAACCUGUUGUAGUACAAACACAUGAACAAAACCCGCGAAUGGUUUUCAAAGGACCUCCAUUUGUCGUGUAACCGACAGCAAACUUACUCACCUACGAUCCAUCACAAUGACACAAACAUAACAACAAUGUCCGUUCGCAAAGGUUCAUGCCUCUGCGGCAAAAUCACGCUCAAGAUACACGGCCCUGCCCUCUCUGCCAACCUGUGCUACUGCACCAACUGCCAAAAGUCCCUCGGUUCCGUCUUGGCUUCCUUUGCGACCUUUGCCGCCGCCAAAGUCGAAUACAACGACCCAGAAUCAAUGAUGCGCACGUAUUCAGACACGGCGACCGACUCGGGAAACACGGUCGGGCGGUCGUUUUGCGCAAACUGUGGAUCGCCCGUCAGGGGCGACAGCAGCAAGUUCCCGGGCUUCUUGAUCCUGCCGGUCGGGUGCGUGGAUGGAGGUGAUGCGGACAAGGCGGACCUCAGACCGACGGCCGAGUAUUUUUGCAUCAGCAAGGCGGCCUGGCUUCCCCAGGUUGAGGGGACCGAGAAGGUUGAGUUGGGCCCGGCGGUGAAUUACAAUUGAGGCGAUCGGACGGACGGGAGGGGAAGGGGGAAUUUGAGGGAAGUACCUAAGUAGUCAGCAAAAAGUAGGUAGGCACUGUGCGAAAUCUAAUCACACAACCGAGACAAAAGUUGGACAAACAGUAUCUGGGAUUGUCCGCGGCAUGUCCAGGUCACGUGAUAGAAUUGGCAAGUUUGUUUGGCCACCUUUACAGUUCCACGCUCGAUAGCCUAGAUAGCGCUAUUCACUCCA